AUGGGUCCCAGGGGCUCCGGGGACUGGCUGGGGAUCGCCGUGUCCCCACCCCUCACCGGAGUUCUCCGGGACCGGGCGAACGGCUCGCCCCACCCCCACCCCCAGCCCCAGCCCUGCCCUGGGGAGGCCGGCCCGCGCUGGUCCUCCUCCAGCUCCGGGCAGCUGCGGAUCUGCCGGGCCGGGACCCCUGUGUUCGCCUCUGGCUGCACGGGAGGGGCUGCCCUUGCUGGGCGGAGGGCUGAAGCCUGGCCAGGGAGCAACGUGGGCUCGCCCUCUGUCCACAGCGCCGUGGGGAAGACCUGCUUGCUGAUCAGCUACACGACCAACGCCUUCCCGGGAGAGUACAUCCCCACCGUUUUCGACAACUACUCUGCGAACGUGAUGGUGGACGGGAAGCCGGUCAACCUGGGGUUGUGGGACACCGCCGGGCAGGAGGACUACGACCGGCUGAGGCCACUGUCCUAUCCCCAAACUGACGUCUUUCUGAUCUGCUUCUCUCUCGUGAGCCCGGCGUCCUUUGAGAAUGUUCGAGCCAAGUGGUACCCCGAGGUGCGACACCACUGCCCCCACACGCCCAUCCUCCUGGUGGGCACCAAGCUGGACCUCCGUGACGACAAGGACACCAUUGAGCGGCUGCGGGAUAAGAAGCUGGCGCCCAUCACCUACCCCCAGGGCCUGGCCAUGGCCCGGGAGAUCGGCUCUGUCAAGUACCUGGAGUGCUCAGCCCUCACUCAGCGGGGCCUGAAGACCGUGUUUGACGAGGCCAUCCGGGCUGUGCUCUGCCCACCCCCUGUGAAAAAGCCCGGGAAGAAGUGCACGGUCUUCUAGAGCCAGCUUCUGGAGGAGCGACCCCGCCCGGGCCCGUGCUUGCUGUCGUGUCGAGAUGUUUGGUGUCCCUGAGUCUGCUGUGGGGGAGUGGUGUGGGUGGGGAGGGGGAAGAAGCAUGGGGACAGGGCUGGGGCCGUGGAGUCCUGUCUGCUCUGUCUUGUCCUUCUGGGGUACAGCUCCAGCUUUACCUGGCCCCCACGGGAGGCUGGAAGGGAGCAGGGUCUCCCUCGGGCUGCAGGGGCAGGUCCAGGGCAGCCCCAGGAUGGGCUUCCUGGUGGGGGAGGUUGGGGGGAUGGGUCCGGUUCAUGCGCCCCAGGAUGGGGCAGCCCUUUCUUCUUUUAUACAAUAAACAUUCUCCACCACCA